AUGUCUAAAGGUUGUUUUAACUUGAGAGGUUGGGAGAGCAAUGUGGAAUGCAAACAUAUCAGUAAAUAUUCUGGAAAUACUUCAGUUUUAGGAAUAAUUUGUAAUUUAGAUGAGGAUACUUUGAAAUGUAAAAUUGAUUUUGGAAUUUUAUCUUGUGAAACUAGAAUGACGAAGAGAUUUAUUUUGUCUACUGUACAAAAGUUUUAUGAUCCUCUUGGUAUGUUGACGCCUUCUACAUUGCUCCCUAAACUUAUAUUACAAGAUCUGUGGAAAUCUCGUUUUUCUUGGGACGAUGAAUUACCUUUUAAUGUUACUGAACUGUUUUCUAAAUGGUUAAACGAAAUGUAUUUAUUGAAAGAGGUAUCCUUGCCUCGUUUUAUGAACUUUAACGAAACAUCAGAAUUACAUGUAUUUGUAGAUGCAUGCAAGGGGGCAUAUGCAGCGUGUGUCUUUGUUAGAUCAGAGGAAGAAGGUGACAUUAAGAUUAGGCUCAUUCGCGUUAAAAACAGAGUGGCUCCUUUAAAAUCUUUGAGCAUUCCAAGAUUGGAAUUGAUGGCUUGCUGUAUCGGAGCCAGGCUUAUUAACUCUGUUAUUAAAGCUAUCGAUGCACCAGGCAUUAAAGUCACACUCUGGUCAGAUUCCACUGUUGCUUUGUGGUGGAUCAAAGAAUGUGGCGACUGGUCUGUUUUUGUUGCCAAUCGCAUUAAAGAGAUCAGAGAACUAACUGAGGGGUAUUCGUGGCGUCAUGUGCCAGGAGAUAUGAAUACUGCCGACAUUUUAUCGCGUGGAUGUUCCCCACAACAAAUGCUAAAAUCGAGAUGGUGGGAAGGUCCAUCAUGGUUAAAAGAUAACCAUGAGUUUUGGCCUUUCAGCAGCAUCGUUGGUCAGCCUAAUGAAGUGGACAUUGAAAGGAAAAAGUCUAAAUCUGUAAACAUGAAUCUAACCGAAGACACACACCCUUGGUAUGCAGAAAGAAUAUCGGAUUACAAUAAAAUGAUUUAG